GGGUGAUGUUUGGCUUCGCCUCCUACUACGGCGACCAUAUGGUGUUGCAGAAGGAGCCGGGGAAAGCUAAGCGCCAUCUUCUUCUUCUAGAACCUUCUGGGACGUGGACAACUGUCCUGGACCCUAUGGAUCGGGGCGGUCCCUACACACUGACAGCCGGGCAGGGCUCGGAGAACGUGACACUGCGGGACAUCUACUUUGGGGACGUCUGGCUUUGCAGCGGGCAGAGCAACAUGGUGAUGACGGUCUCGCAGAUCGCCAACGCCAGCCAGGAGCUCGCCGACGCCGCUCGCUACCCUUACGUCCGCGUCUUCGCCGCAGCGCCCGCCCGCUCCGACGUGGAGCUGGAAGACCUGGAGCGCAUCAACUUGCCGUGGUCCAUCCCGACGGCCGAAAACCUGGGCCACGGGAAUUUCACCUACUUCUCGGCCGUCUGCUGGCUGUUGGGGCGCUACCUCUACGAGGCGCUGCGGUACCCCGUCGGGCUGGUGGAGGCGGCCUGGGGGGGCACCCCCGUCGAGACCUGGUCCUCCCCAAGAGCUCUGCGUGCCUGCGGGCUCCCGGAGGACACGGAGAGCAUCUCCCCGCACCGGCAGCUCUCCGGCCCGCAAACGCCCUCCGUGCUCUGGAACGCCAUGAUCCACCCGCUGCUCAACAUGACCCUGCGGGGCAUCGCUUGGUACCAGGCUCUCCGCGGCCCGCAAACGCCCUCCGUGCUCUGGAACGCCAUGAUCCACCCGCUGCUCAACAUGACCCUGCGGGGCAUCUUGUCCACCUAUCGCCGGCAGAGCCCGGACGACAGCUUCGCCCGUCUCCGCUGGCACCAAACGGCCGAUUUGGGGGUUGUGCCCAACGCCAGGAUGCCCGGCACCUUCAUGGCCGUGGCGAUGGAUCUGGGCGAUGAGCGCUCUCCCUACGGCAGCAACCGCUGCCCACGCGUGGGCUCGCAGUAG